AAUUGGAUCAAAGAUUCGCUCUCCAGUGAAGUGGUUUGUUGUACCAUGUUGUUUCGCAUACUGUUUGGAAGCCUGCUGGCUGCGUUUUGCCUUGCCGAAAUCAAACACUGUGAUAACCCGGACAAAAUCUAUCGCAUCAAUGGAAACUCAAUCGAUUUCCCGUGCGAAUCGACGAAAAACAUUUUCAUCACCACCGAUCGAUACAAACCGUGCAGUAUCAUUCCGAUGCGCUUCCAGAUCGAUAGUGACCGCGAUCGGUGUAUCGUGGUGUUGACUCGAUUGCGAAGCGGUAAUCCGGUUACGUUGGGAGUUAUCGAUUUGAAGCGUUCAAGUUGCUAUGCGCACAUCGCACCGUACCCGUGCUGGUCGUACCAGGAGGAAGGCAACUGCAAUGCACUUCAGUCGGUGGUCGAUGUCUACAUUGAUGCGAAGAAAAAAAUAAUGUGGGCACUGGACUCCGGAAUAUGUAACUCUUUGGAGCAGCCCAUCAAACGCUGCUCACCGAAAGUGGUAGCAUUUGACCUGGAAAACGACAAAACCGUCAAAACUGUCGACCUGAGUGACAUCCUGAAGCCAACCUCCAGACCACAGUACCUCGUCGUGGAUUACUCGAAGCAUGGAUUCCCUUAUUGCUACAUCAGUGACCCCGAAGGAGUCAUCGUCGUUGUGGACAUCCAAAAUGCCAAGAUGUCCCGACUAAUGAUGCCCCGUGCCAUUUCUGCUGGCUGUGGGAACUCUGAUGUUCUCUACAUGGUGCUGGUGCAUAGACCAAACAACAACAACAUGGUUGUUUUCUCCUACCUAUGUGGUCAGAAGGUGUACGGAAUCAAAUCGGAAUAUCUGCAGACGGGACGCGGCGCUAAUGCUAUUGUGGAACUUGGCAGUAAAUCCAAGCAUUCUGUCCUACUCGGCACGGAUGGCGGUAACAACGUGAUCCUUCGUUACCGGAGUGAGAGCGAACUAUACAAGUGGAACACUGAUCAACCUUACAGAGAGUGCAACUUUGAGUUGGUUCAACUCGCGGAAGAAUGCAGAUUAAGCACGCAUGUUGCCCCAAGCGGAAGAGACGACCUGAUGUACUCGCUAUCGUCGAACGUAGCCGACUAUCUAAAUCACACAUGUGGCGCGGGUGGUGCUUCAGCUCGACUCAAAUACAUCAGUAAGGAAUUUGAAGAUGAUUGUUACUAA